CGCUGCAGUGCUGAUGGUGUGUCUGUGUUCAGCAGUGUGUGCGCUGCAGUGCUGAUGGUGUGUCUGUGUUCAGCAGUGUGUGCGCUGCAGUGCUGAUGGUGUGUCUGUUCAGCAGUGUGUGCGCUGCAGUGCUGAUGGUGUGUCUGUGUUCAGCAGUGUGUGCGCUGCAGUGCUGAUGGUGUGUCUGUGUUCAGCAGUGUGUGUGCUGCAGUGCUGAUGGUGUGUCUGUUCAGCAGUGUCUGUGUUGUGGAAUGGGGAUGGUGUGUAUGUGUUCAGUAGUGUCUGUGUUGCAGAGGUGAUGGUGUCUGUGUUCAGCAGUGUCUGUGUUGUGGAAUGGGGAUGGUGUGUAUGUGUUCAGUAGUGUCUGUGUUGCAGAGGUGAUGGUGUGUGUGUUCAGUAGUGUCUGUGUUGUGGAAUGGGGAUGGUGUCAGUGUUCAGCAGUGUCUGUGUUGCAAAGGUGAUGGUGUGUAUGUGUUCAGCAGUGUCUGUGUUGUGGAAUGGGGAUGGUGUGUAUGUGUUCAGCAGUGUCUGUGUUGCAGAGGUGAUGGUGUGUGUCUGUGUUCAGCAGUGUCUGUGUUGCAGAGGUGAUGGUGUGUGUGUUCAGCAGUGUCUGUGUUGUGGAAUGGGGAUGGUGUGUGUGUUCAGCAGUAUCUGUGUUGUGGAAUGGGGAUGGUGUGUGUGUUCAGCAGUGUCUGUGUUGUGGAAUGGGGAUGGUGUGUAUGUGUUCAGCAGUGUCUGUGUUGCAGAGGUGAUGGUGUGUGUGUUCAGCAGUGUCUGUGUUGUGGAAUGGGGAUGGUGUGUAUGUGUUCAGCAGUGUCUGUGUUGUGGAAUGGGGAUGGUGUGUGUGUUCAGCAGUGUCUGUGUUGUGGAAUGGGGAUGGUGUGUAUGUGUUCAGUAGUGUCUGUGUUGUGGAAUGGGGAUGGUGUGUAUGUGUUCAGCAGUGUCUGUGUUGCAGAGGUGAUGGUGUCUGUGUUCAGCAGUGUCUGUGUUGUGGAAUGGGGAUGGUGUGUGUGUUCAGCAGUGUCUGUGUUGUGGAAUGGGGAUGGUGUGUGUGUUCAUUAGUGUCUGUGUUGUGGAAUGGGGAUGGUGUGUGUCUGUGUUCAGCAGUGUCUGUGUUGUGGAAUGGGGAUGGUGUCUGUGUUCAGCAGUGUCUGUGUUGUGGAAUGGGGAUGGUGUGUGUCUGUGUUCAGCAGUGUCUGUGUUGCAGAGGUGAUGGUGUGUGUGUUCAGCAGUGUCUGUGUUGUGGAAUGGGGAUGGUGUGUGUGUUCAGCAGUGUCUGUGUUGUGGAAUGGGGAUGGUGUGUGUGUUCAGCAGUGUCUGUGUUGCAAAGGUGAUGGUGUGUGUCUGUGUUCAGCAGUGUCUGUGUUGUGGAAUGGGGAUGGUGUGUGUGUGUUCAGCAGUGUCUGUGUUGCAGAGGUGAUGGUGUGUGUGUUCAGCAGUGUCUGUGUUGUGGAAUGGGGAUGGUGUGUGUGUUCAGUAGUGUCUGUGUUGUGGAAUGGGGAUGGUGUGUGUCUGUGUUCAGCAGUGUCUGUGUUGUGGAAUGGGGAUGGUGUGUAUGUGUUCAGCAGUGUCUGUGUUGCAGAGGUGAUGGUGUCUGUGUUCAGCAGUGUCUGUGUUGUGGAAUGGGGAUGGUGUGUGUGUUCAGCAGUGUCUGUGUUGUGGAAUGGGGAUGGUGUGUAUGUGUUCAGCAGUGUCUGUGUUGUGGAAUGGGGAUGGUGUCUGUGUUCAGCAGUGUCUGUGUUGCAGAGGUGAUGGUGUGUGUGUUCAGCAGUGUCUGUGUUGUGGAAUGGGGAUGGUGUGUGUCUGUGUUCAGCAGUGUCUGUGUUGCAGAGGUGAUGGUGUGUGUGUUCAGCAGUGUCUGUGUUGUGGAAUGGGGAUGGUGUGUGUGUUCAGCAGUGUCUGUGUUGUGGAAUGGUGAUGGUGUGUGUGUUCAGCAGUGUCUGUGUUGUGGAAUGGGGAUGGUGUGUGUGUUCAGCAGUGUCUGUGUUGUGGAAUGGGGAUGGUGUGUGUGUUCAGCAGUGUCUGUGUUGUGGAAUGGGGAUGGUGUGUAUGUGUUCAGCAGUGUCUGUGUUGUGGAAUGGGGAUGGUGUGUGUGUUCAGCAGUGUCUGUGUUGCAAAGGUGAUGGUGUGUGUCUGUGUUCAGCAGUGUCUGUGUUGUGGAAUGGGGAUGGUGUGUGUCUGUGUUCAGCAGUGUCUGUGUUGUGGAAUGGGGAUGGUGUGUGUCUGUGUUCAGCAGUGUCUGUGUUGUGGAAUGGGGGUGGUGUGUGUCUGUGUUCAGCAGUGUAUGUGUUGUGGAAUGGGGAUGGUGUGUAUGUGUUCAGCAGUGUCUGUGUUGCAGAGGUGAUGGUGUCUGUGUUCAGCAGUGUCUGUGUUGUGGAAUGGGGAUGGUGUGUGUGUUCAGCAGUGUCUGUGUUGUGGAAUGGGGAUGGUGUGUGUGUUCAUUAGUGUCUGUGUUGUGGAAUGGGGAUGGUGUGUGUCUGUGUUCAGCAGUGUCUGUGUUGUGGAAUGGGGAUGGUGUGUGUCUGUGUUCAGCAGUGUAUGUGUUGUGGAAUGGGGAUGGUGUGUGUAUGUGUUCAGCAGUGUCUGUGUUGCAGAGGUGAUGGUGUCUGUGUUCAGCAGUGUCUGUGUUGUGGAAUGGGGAUGGUGUGUAUGUUCAGCAGUGUCUGUGUUGUGGAAUGGGGAUGGUGUGUGUGUUCAGCAGUGUCUGUGUUGUGGAAUGGGGAUGGUGUCUGUGUUCAGCAGUGUCUGUGUUGUGGAAUGGGGAUGGUGUGUAUGUGUUCAGCAGUGUCUGUGUUGUGGAAUGGGGAUGGUGUGUAUGUGUUCAGCAGUGUCUGUGUUGCAGAGGUGAUGGUGUCUGUGUUCAGCAGUGUCUGUGUUGUGGAAUGGGGAUGGUGUGUGUCUGUGUUCAGCAGUGUCUGUGUUGCAGAGGUGAUGGUGUGUGUGUUCAGCAGUGUCUGUGUUGUGGAAUGGGGAUGGUGUGUAUGUGUUCAGCAGUGUCUGUGUUGUGGAAUGGGGAUGGUGUGUGUGUUCAGCAGUGUCUGUGUUGCAGAGGUGAUGGUGUGUGUGUUCAUUAGUGUCUGUGUUGUGGAAUGGGGAUGGUGUGUGUCUGUGUUCAGCAGUGUCUGUGUUGUGGAAUGGGGAUGGUGUGUGUCUGUGUUCAGCAGUGUCUGUGUUGCAGAGGUGAUGGUUUGAGGCUCCUGGGCUCACAGAAGGAUUCGGACGCUGGCAGUGCAGCGGCGCCCCCCCCCAGGCGAAUGCAGCACAUCAUCGAGCAGAACCCCGACAUGGCCACGGCUCUGCUCGCCGGGGAGAAGCUGCGGGAGCUCAUCCUGCCGGGGCAGCAGGAUGACCGGGCCGGGCCGCUGGCGGGGCUCCUGGUCCACAUCAAACUGGAGCUGCCCUUCGACCGCGUCGUCACCAUGGGAACCGUCCUCAUCCCCAUCGUGCUUGUCACACUGCUGUUCACCAGGAACCUCGCAGAAGAGUCGAUCUACUGCUACACUCCACACAACUUCACGCGAGACCAGGCCCUGUACGCCCGGGGGUACUGCUGGACGGAGCUGCGGGACGCUGUCCCGGGGGUGGAGCCCGCGCUCAGGCGCUCUCUAUUCCAACACAAGUUCCUCCCGUACGCCCUACUGGCCUUCGCUGGCAUCAUGUACAUCCCGGCGCUGGGCUGGGAGUUCAUGACCUCCACACGCCUCACCUCCGAGCUCAACUUCCUGCUGCACGAGAUCGACAACUGCUACCACCGGGCGGCCGAGGGCAGGGCCCCGAAGAUCGAGAAGCAGAUCCAGUCGAAGGGGCCCGGAAUCACGGAGCGGGAGCGCAGGGAGAUCAUCGAGGAUGCGGAGAAGGAGAAGAGUCCCGAGCAGAACCUGUUUGAGAAGUACCUGGAGCGCCGCGGCCAGAGCAACUUCUUGGCCAAGCUGUACCUGGCGCGCCACCUAGUGAUCGUCUUCCUGAGCUCCAUCCCCAUCUCCUACCUCUCCACUUACUACGCCACGCAGAGGCAGAACGAGUUCACCUGCGCGCUGGGAGAGCCCCCCGACGUGAGCAGCGCCGCCCCGCUGGUGAUCCAUGUGAACUGCAAGCUCCCGGCCGUGCAGCUGCAGAGGAUCCUGUCCGCGGUGGACAUCUCCCUGCUGAGCUUCAUCAACCUCAUCAUCCUGGUGAACCUGCUGCACCUGUUCAUCGUGCGCAAGUCCAACUUCAUCUUCGACAAGCUGCACAAGGUGGGCAUCAAGACCAAGCGGCAGUGGCAGAAGUCCCAGUUCUGCGACAUCAACAUCCUGGCCAUGUUCUGCAAUGAGAACCGCGACCACAUCAAGUCCCUGAACCGGCUGGACUUCAUCACCAACGAGAGUGACCUCAUGUACGACAACGUGGUCCGCCAGCUCCUGGCAGCACUGGCCCAGUCCAACCACGACACCACGCCCACCAUGCGGGACUCGGGGAUCCAGACUGUGGACCCCAGCAUGGACCCCGCAGCUUUCACAGAGGGGGAGCUGGGAGUCAUCAAGAGACCCCGCAAGAAGAUGAAGUGGAUCCCGAGCUCCAACCCUCUGCCCCAGUCCUUCAAAGAGCCGCUCGCCCUCAUGAGAGUGGAGAACAGCAGCAAGCCUGACAAACCCAAACCCGUCCGUCGCAAAACCACCGCGGACACCCUCAUAGCACCCCUGCUGGAGUCCAGCGCCAAGAGCACACAGCACCCGCCCAGCACUAAAGGGAUUCUCAGCUCCGUCGGUGUCGACAGAGUGAUUGAGAAGAAGCACUCGAGGCACUUCUCCCUGGACGUGCACCCCUACAUGCUGGGCACCCGCAAGCCCAAACCGGAGGUGCCCAUCCCCAGCCCCCACACCCAGGAGGCAGGCCGCGGGCACACCGUCGUCUCCAUCACAGACAGCAAGGAGAGCCGAGCCGAGCCUGGCUUCCCCUCCCAGCCCUGCCGGACCCUGCCCAGCGCUGUCUACAUCAACGGGAGCACCAGCAGCCUUCCUGCUGCUGCAUCUGAGGAGCCCGAGAGCAAGGGCCCGGGCUUCAACAGGAACCCCACCCACCCCGUGCUGAACAACCACCCGCUGUACGAAGAGGAGGAGCCCCCACUGAGCACAGAGAGGACUGGAGAGCUCCUGACUGCAGGGCAGUACUGAGGCACACACCCUGCACCCUGCACACGAGCAGCCCCUGAGAGGAGAGGAGAGGACUGGAGAGGACUGGAGAGCUCCUGACUGCAGGGCAGUACUGAGGCACACACCCUGCACCCUGCACACGAGCAGCCCCUGAGAGGAGAGGAGAGGACUGGAGAGCUCCUGACUGCAGGGCAGUACUGAGGCACACACCCUGCACCCUGCACCCUGCACACGAGCAGCCCCUGAGAGGAGAGGAGAGGACUGGAGAGGACUGGAGAGCUCCUGACUGCAGGGCAGUACUGAGGCACACACCCUGCACCCUGCACCCUGCACACGAGCAGCCCCUGAGAGGAGAGGAGAGGACUGGAGAGGACUGGAGAGCUCCUGACUGCAGGGCAGUACUGAGGAAUCUCACACACUGCUGAACAUUCACACUCACUAAGAGAUACACAGAAAGCAGGUUCCAAUAGAAAGCUGCCUGCAGGCCACUCUCUCCACACAAAUAACACAAGCUAACUUUCCAUUGCAAUAUACAUCAGGGACAUAGAGGAAUGAAACAGGAGCUGAACACAGAAACAGCAGUAUAAUAAAAUAAAUACUUGCUAUGAUCCAGAGACUGAGAAUUCAUUCACAUGCCUGGUCCUGAUGAGCACCUUGCAUCUAAGGAGAGGGGGUCAGGACAGCCUCCUCCAGACUGUGAUCCACACACUGGGGUUCACAUGAGCCUCCUCCAGACUGUGAUCCACACACUGGGGUUCACAUAAGCAUCCUCCAGACUGUGAUCCACACACUGGGGUUCAGGACAGCCUCCUCCAGACUGUGAUCCACACACUGGGGUUCAGGACAGCCUCCUCCAGACUGUGAUCCACACACUGGGGUUCAGGACAGCCUCCUCCAGACUGUGAUCCACACACUGGGGUUCACAUGAGCCUCCUCCAGACUGUGAUCCACACUCUGGGGUUCACAUGAGCCUCCUCCAGACAGUGAUCCACACACUGGGGUUCACAUAAGCAUCCUCCAGACUGUGAUCCACACACUGGGGUUCAGGACAGCCUCCUCCAGACUGUGAUCCACACACUGGGGUUCAGGACAGCCUCCUCCAGACUGUGAUCCACACACUGGGGUUCACAUGAGCCUCCUCCAGACUGUGAUCCACACUCUGGGGUUCACAUGAGCGUCCUCCAGACAGUGAUCCACACACUGGGGUUCACAUAAGCAUCCUCCAGACUGUGAUCCACACACUGGGGUUAAGGACAGCCUCCUCCAGACUGUGAUCCACACACUGGGGUUCAGGACAGCCUCCUCCAGACUGUGAUCCACACACUGGGGUUCACAUGAGCCUCCUCCAGACUGUGAUCCACACACUGGGGUUCAGGACAGCCUCCUCCAGACUGUGAUCCACACACUGGGGUUCACAUGAGCCUCCUCCAGACUGUGAUCCACACACUGGGGUUCACAUGAGCCUCCUCCAGACUGUGAUCCAAACACUGGGGUUCAGGACAGCCUCCUCCAGACUGUGAUCCACACACUGGGGUUCAGAUGAGCCUCCUCCAGACUGUGAUCCACACACUGGGGUUCAGAUGAGCCUCCUCCAGACUGUGAUCCACACACUGGGGUUCACAUGAGCCUCCUCCAGACUGUGAUCCACACACUGGGGUUCACAUGAGCCUCCUCCAGACUGUGAUCCAAACACUGGGGUUCAGGACAGCCUCCUCCAGACUGUGAUCCACACACUGGGGUUCAGGACAGCCUCCUCCAGACUGAUCCACACACUGGGGUUCAGAUGAGCCUCCUCCAGACUGUGAUCCACACACUGGGGUUCACAUGAGCCUCCUCCAGACUGUGAUCCACACACUGGGGUUCAGAUGAGCCUCCUCCAGACUGUGAUCCACACACUGGGGUUCAGAUGAGCCUCCUCCAGACUGUGAUCCACACACUGGGGUUCAGGACAGCAUCCUCCAGACAGUGAUCCACACACUGGGGUUCAGAUGAGCCUCCUCCAGACUGUGAUCCACACACUGGGGUUCAGGACAGCAUCCUCCAGACUGUGAUCCACACACUGGGGUUCAGAUGAGCCUCCUCCAGACUGUGAUCCACACACUGGGGUUCACAUGAGCGUCCUCCAGACUGUGAUCCACACACUGGGGUUCAGGACAGCCUCCUCCAGACUGUGAUCCACACACUGGGGUUCAGAUGAGCCUCCUCUGGACUGUGAUCCACACACUGGGGUUCACAUGAGCCUCCUCCAGACUGUGAUUCACACACUGGGGUUCACAUGAGCCUCCUCCAGACUGUGAUCCACACACUGGGGUUCACAUGAGCCUCCUCCAGACUGUGAUCCACACACUGGGGUUCAGGACAGCCUCCUCCAGACUGUGAUCCACACACUGGGGUUCAGGACAGCAUCCUCCAGACAGUGAUCCACACACUGGGAUUCAGGACAGCCUCCUCCAGACUGUGAUCCACACACUGGGGUUCACAUGAGCCUCCUCCAGACUGUGAUUCACACAGUGGGGUUCACAUGAGCCUCCUCCAGACUGUGAUCCACACACUGGGGUUCAGGACAGCCUCCUCCAGACUGUGAUCCACACACUGGGGUUCACAUGAGCCUCCUCCAGACUGUGAUCCACACUCUCACUGGGGUUCAGAUGAGCCUCCUCCAGACUGUGAUCCACACACUGGGGUUCAGAUGAGCCUCCUCCAGACUGUGAUCCACACACUGGGGUUCACAUGAGCCUCCUCCAGACUGUGAUUCACACACUGGGGUUCACAUGAGCCUCCUCCAGACUGUGAUCCACACACUGGGGUUCACAUGAGCCUCCUCCAGACUGUGAUCCACACUCUCACUGGGGUUCAGAUGAGCCUCCUCCAGACUGUGAUCCACACACUGGGGUUCAGAUGAGCCUCCUCCAGACUGUGAUCCACACACUGGGGUUCACAUGAGCCUCCUCCAGACUGUGAUUCACACACUGGGGUUCACAUGAGCCUCCUCCAGACUGUGAUCCACACACUGGGGUUCACAUGAGCCUCCUCCAGACUGUGAUCCACACACUGGGGUUCAGGACAGCCUCCUCCAGACUGUGAUCCACACACUGGGGUUCAGGACAGCAUCCUCCAGACAGUGAUCCACACACUGGGAUUCAGGACAGCCUCCUCCAGACUGUGAUCCACACACUGGGGUUCAGAUGAGCCUCCUCUGGACUGUGAUCCACACACUGGGGUUCACAUGAGCCUCCUCCAGACUGUGAUCCACACACUGGGGUUCACAUGAGCCUCCUCCAGACUGUGAUCCACACACUGGGGUUCAGGACAGCCUCCUCCAGACUGUGAUUCACACACUGGGGUUCAGAUGAGCCUCCUCCAGACUGUGAUCCACACACUGGGGUUCAGGACAGCCUCCUCCUGACUGUGAUCCACACACUGGGCGGAUCACUGCCCCUGAGCACAGAGCCAAACCAGAUCACUGCUCCUAAUCCAAAUCCAUUAGGCAAUAUCUCUGGCUAUUUUGCACACUGUGUUUGUUUUUUAUGUUUUAACAAGGUGUUUUUUAAACAUGUUAUUUGUUAUACAGUGCUUUGUAAAGAUUCUGCCGUGAAGGAGAAAUCAGCGAGACUGAAUCUAUGAAAAACAAACAGCAUGGAAAAGCACUUGCACCCCAAUCCAGGUGGGACCCCAGAAAUAAACUGAGCUUAAAAAGCACUUGCACCCCAAUCCAGGUGGGACCCCAGAAAUAAACUGAGCUUAAAAAGCACUUGCACCCCAAUCCAGGUGGGACCCCAGAAAUAAACUGAUCUUAAAAAGCACUUGCACCCCAAUCCAGGUGGGACCCCAGAAAUAGAAUGCGCUCGUCCUUCUAAUGCAGUGACUAAAGCAAGCUGGGAUAUACAAUUUGAAAUGAUCUCAUCUCUCUGCUGCUCCAGCUCCUCUGUACUGUACAGUACAACACAGUGGAAGAGCAGCUGGGGGGGUAGUCUGGGAUGUACAAUUUGAAAUGAUCUCAUCUCUCUGCUGCUCCAGCUCCUCUGUACUGUACAGUACAACACAGUGGAAGAGCAGCUGGGGCGCAGUCUGGGAUGUACAAUUUGAAAUGAUCUCAUCUCUCUGCUGCUCCAGCUCCUCUGUACUGUACAGUACAACACAGUGGAAGAGCAGCUGGGGCGCAGUCUGGGAUAUACAAUUUGAAAUGAUCUCAUCUCUCUGCUGCUCCAGCUCCUCUGUACUGUACAGUACAACACAGUGGAAGAGCAGCUGGGGGGGGCAGUCUGGGAUGUACAAUUUGAAAUGAUCUCAUCUCUCUGCUGCUCCAGCUCCUCUGUACUGUACAGUACAACACAGUGGAAGAGCAGCUGGGGGGGCAGUCUGGUAUGUACAAUUUGAAAUGAUCUCAUCUCUCUGCUGCUCCAGCUCCUCUGUACUGUACAGUACAACACAGUGGAAGAGCAGCUGGGGCGCAGUCUGGGAUGUACAAUUUGAAAUGAUCUCAUCUCUCUGCUGCUCCAGCUCCUCUGUACUGUACAGUACAACACAGUGGAAGAGCAGCUGGGGGCGCAGUCUGGGAUGUACAAUUUGAAAUGAUCUCAUCUCUCUGCUGCUCCAGCUCCUCUGUACUGUACAGUACAACACAGUGGAAGAGCAGCUGGGGGGGCAGUCUGGGAUGUACAAUUUGAAAUGAUCUCAUCUCUCUGCUGCUCCAGCUCCUCUGUACUGUACAGUACAACACAGUGGAAGAGCAGCUGGGGGGGCAGUCUGGUAUGUACAAUUUGAAAUGUUGAUGAAAUCAGUGAAUGUGUAAAAGUAAGUUUGUCUCUGAGUGACUUGCUGGAUGGAAGCUCACUUGUCUCUGUAUCUUAACAAUAUGUUUUGUUUAAUAAAAUCUGAAUGCAGAACAGUGUUCCAGAUCAUUCUCUUGUACCAAACAGUGAAAAAAAACCCACUACUUCACUGUGGCCAAUCCCUGAGUCCCUCCUCUCACUGCUCGCAUCUGAUUGGUGGUAAAAAGCACAGUAUAGGUGUUGCGUCUCUCUCUGUAAAAUAUUAAUAAAACAUGAAGGGAAUGUUGCUGCUGUCCUUCAUGAGGACGCAAUGUAUGAACAAGGCCAGCAUUCAAAUAUUACAGUUACUAAAUCAGAACACCCCAUAAUAAACAGAGAGACAGUCUUCAAUAUAAACAGCUUUGCAGCCUCUCCCCAGUGUGGAUCCAGAGAGACAGUCUUCAAUAUAAACAGCUUUGCAGCUGCGCUCCAGUGUGGAUCCAGAGAGACAGUCUUCAAUAUAAACAGCUUUGCAGCCUCUCCCCAGUGUGGAUCCAGAGAGACAGCCUUCAAUAUAAACAGCUUUGCAGCUGCGCUCCAGUAUGGAUCCAGAGAGACAGUCUUCAAUAUAAACAGCUUUGCAGCUGCGCUCCAGUGUGGAUCCAGAGAGAUAGUCUUCAAUAUAAACAGCUUUGCAGCUGCGCUCCAGUGUGGAUCCAGAGAGACAGUCUUCAAUAUAAACAGCUUUGCAGCUGCGCUCCAGUGUGGAUCCAGAGAGACAGUCUUCAAUAUAAACAGCUUUGCAGCCUCUCCCCAGUGUGGAUUCAGAUAAAAGCCCCCCUGACAAGCACACUGAACAUGGAACGCCAGCAGCAGCAUCUCUGGAAGGCGAGUGUUGCGUUGGAAGUUCUGUCCAGUGGCUGCGCUGCGCUCCUGUGACUGGGAAUACUCUCUUUGGAAAGAGUCUGGGGAGCUGCAGCGGGAUUGUGUUGAAAAGGUUACUGCAGGUAAGCUGUGAGCAGGAGACCACGAUGGGAAGGUAACAAACAGGACUGAAUCACAGCUCUCUCUCCACUGCUGUCCAGCCUCACAGUGCCCCCUGCUGGGUGUAGGUGGAGCUACUGUUCUCAUGCAUUUUAGCAGGAUCAGUUAAAUGCAUUCUACACCAACAGCUUUCAAGCCUGGUCCUCAAGUACCCAUGUGUGUUUAAAGUCUCUGUCUCUGUCUCUGUGCACGGCAUGUUUAAAGUCUCUGUCUCUGUCUCUGUCUCUGCCUCUGUGCACAGCAUGUUUAAAGUCUCUGUCUCUGUCUCUGUCUCUGUGCACAGCAUGUUUAAAGUCUCUGUCUCUGUCUCUGUCUCUGUCUCUGUGCACAGCAUGUUUAAAGUCUCUGUCUCUGUCUCUGUCUCUGUGCACAGCAUGUUUAAAGUCUCUGUCUCUGUCUCUGUGCACGGCAUGUUUAAAGUCUCAGUCUCUGUCUCUGUCUCUGUCUCUGUCUCUGUCUCUGUCUCUGUGCACAGCAUGUUUAAAGUCUCUGUCUCUGUCUCUGUGCACAGCAUGUUUAAAGUCUCUGUCUAUGUCUCUGUCUCUGUCUCUGUCUCUGUGCACAGCAUGUUUAAAGUCUCUGUCUCUGUCUCUGUGCACAGCAUGUUUAAAGUCUCUGUCUCUGUCUCUGUCUCAGUCUCUGUGCUUGGCACCUCCUGUCUCUUAGGCUCUGGGUCUGUUUGGUACAGGCUGCUUUCCAUUCAGCUUAAAUUGUGCUUUUUUUCUCCCUCUCCUAGGUUGGGGUCACAGCCGUAUAAACAUUCUAGACGUUUCUUUAUUUUUAUAACACAUCUUGUAUAUAAACAAUAUGACUGUUCUCUCAAACAGAUUGACAUGCAUAAAAACAGAACUGUACAGUGAUAGGCUGCCUUGAACAGGAGAGUCCAGCAGAGGGCAGCACAGA